AAUUCCAAGCCGCGGAAAUUUCUCGCUCGGUCAAAUGUGAUGAUUUGGACGAUUCUAAAUGAUGGCCUAACUACUAGGUAGCAAGCUCGUGCUUAGGAUUUCCCAUUGAACAUUGUCCCAUCUCGUACGAACGAAGACAUAUAAUAGGUAGAUGUUCUCUCCUUCCUCUUCAUCAUACAGCAGUCAAUAUUACCAAGUUUGUUCUAUUCUGUUGUGUGUGUUCUCUGUACUCCUAAGCCCUUGACACUGUUGGUGUAAAAGUUUCCGCGAAGGCUCCGAAACCUCCAUCAUGGCACGCAAGACCGGCCUCGCUCCAGCCGUGGCGCUGAUAGCCGCGGGCCUCAUGGUCGUGACCCCUCCUGUCGUCAAUGCCUCACCGCCCGGCACCAAGGACGUCACUGCCGUCCUUUUCGAGUGGAACUUUAACUCCGUAGCCAAGGAGUGCACCAACACUAUCGGUCCCGCCGGCUACGGAUAUGUUCAGGUCUCUCCGCCCGCCGAGCAUAUUCAGGGCGCGCAGUGGUGGACCUCGUACCAGCCUGUGUCGUACAAGAUUGCCGGCCGCCUCGGCGACCGCACGUCCUUCCAGAACAUGAUUAAUACCUGCCACGGAGCCGGCGUCAAGGUCGUCGUCGACACCGUCAUUAACCACAUGUCCGCCGGCAGUGGCACUGGCACCGGUGGAACGUCGUACACCAAGUACAACUACCCGGGCCUGUACUCCUCCUACGACUUCGACGACUGCACCGCGCAGGUCUCCAACUACGCUGACCGUUUCAACGUCCAGCACUGCGAACUUGUCGGCCUGUCCGACCUGGACACCAACGAGGAGUACCCCCGCAAGGCUAUCUCCGGCUACAUAAACGACCUGAUCAGUCUCGGCGUCGACGGCUUCCGCGUCGACGGCGCCAAGCACAUAGCAACCGAAGACCUUGCCAAUAUCAAGUCCCGCCUGGCCAACCCGGCCGCGUACUGGAAGCAGGAAGUCAUCUAUGGCGCUGGGGAGGCCGUCCAGCCCACAGAAUACACCGGAAACGGCGACGUCCAGGAGUUCCGCUACGCCUACGACCUCAAGCGUGUCUUCAACAGCGAGAAGCUCGCCUAUCUAAGCAACUUCGGGGAGGGCUGGGGCUACUUGGGCAGCUCUGUCGCCGCCGUCUUCGUCGACAACCACGACACGGAGCGCAACGGUGCCACUCUCAAUUACAAGGACAAUGCCAAGUACACGCUGGCUUCCGUCUUCAUGCUCGCCCACCCCUACGGCGCCCCGGAUGUUCACUCCGGCUACGAAUUCUCCGACAACGACGCUGGACCACCUAACAACGGCGCUGUCAGCGCCUGCUGGCAGAACGGGUGGAAAUGUCAGCACGCCUGGGCGGAGAUCAUGCGCAUGGUCGCCUUCCGCAACGCCGUCCGCGGCCAAGCGCUGACAAACUGGUGGGACAAUGGCAACAAUGCCAUCGGUUUCGGACGCGGUAGCAAGGGAUACGUCGCCAUUAACCACGAAUCGGGUUCCGUGACCCAGACAUUCCAAACUUCACUGUCUGCAGGGACGUACUGCAAUGUCCAGAGCAACACCUACGUUACGGUGAAUUCGAGCGGCCAGUUCACCGCCACCCUGGCCUCCGAUACUGCGCUGGCCAUCUACGCUGGGAAGACAUCCUGCUGAGAGCCUGUCCUACCUGCUAGGUGACUUGUCUAGGACCUUUAUGGCAGGAAACUCAGUAUCUCCAUUAGUAGUAGCCCAAACACGGUGUCAAGCCUCAGGUACUCUUGGAAUAUAUUUCUUACUUCCACGCGCUUGUUUUUGGUGGCGUUUUGUGAGGGUGCAUUGUUAAACCUAGGUCGACAUAUUCUAUGAAUUAUAUGAG